AUGAUUAAAAGAUCAUGCACCACGCAGAAUAAUUCUGUGGAUGAUGAUAUUGUUAUGAAGUCCAUUGAUUGCAGAAACUGCAUGUUAGCCCAUGAAAGUUUUAAAAGAAAAAAAUUUACGAUAAAAUUAACCGAGUGCAUUUUGAUGUUGUCAUGCACUUUAAUUUUUCCAUUCAAUAGUUUGGCUACAUGAUGGUGGUGUUUUAUCAUCAUGCUGCUUGAUGGUCAAGAUUAAUAAUAUGGGGCAGAGCUGCUGGUCAUGCUGGCUGUUGGCCUGGUGAAAGGGUACAUUUGUAUGAGUAUGAUACAGUGAUUCCUUAAACAGAAGUUUUAUCUUGUCUUCACUGUCAAGUUCUAAGCAUUUUUAUGUAUUAAUAUAGCUGAAAAAAACUCACUAGGUGUAAAUUUUGAGAUGUUAACCUUCCAUAAGCUUUGAAGUUUUUUCCUUUAACAAAGGACAUUUUUUUUUUCUUUUCAGAUGGUAGGAACAUUGCUUGAGUCAAAUGUAAGUUUUCUGAAAACUGUUGAUGUUCUGCAUGUUAUAAAAUAACAUAUUUGCUGGAACACCAAAAGAUGAACAAGAAUCGUUACAUUGAACAUUCAUGAAAAUUAUAUUAAACACUCUAAUUUUUUCCUGAUGGUGUUCCUGAGCUACUUUUAAAUGAUCAAAAGCAUUUCCUUCCUGUGUUCAUUGAUGUCUUAAGUUUUUCUUUUUCUUUCCCAAAAUAGUUUAAAAACUUGAGAAGCAUUCCUUUGAUGAAUGAAAGCAGAAAUCUGUUUCCUGAGCAUGAGGUACAAUUUUUGUUGUCAAACAAAUGGUAUAAUCUAAGGACACUUAUCAAAAGACAAAACCAUCUGUCACACUGCGGGAACGAGCAUUUUUGAAAAUGAGAAAAGCCUAUUUUAGCAGAGCAUGAGAAAGCAGCCAACAUUUUGUGACUUCAGCACUGGUUUCCGUAAUGACGUCUGAGGAACGAGCACAGAAAUCAGUUCCAUACUGGCAGAUCACGCAUCACUACCCAGAUUUGGGUACUGCUUCUGAUUGGUUGAAGCAAAUUUUCAACUAAACAAAGUCAGUGGUGGUGUUGCAAAGUGUUGGCUGUUUUCUCAGGCUAAUUUGGGGAGCUUUUGCUAUCUCUGGUGUACAGCCUUGUUCCCAUGGUCCUCUCCUCUCUCUUGCUCUCGCUCCAGGAGAUGAGUCGGAAAGGAGCCUGGAGACAUGGUUGCUUUGCAGUACACACUAGUAAGACUUAGUAGUAUAACAAACUAAUCUCGCCUAAACUGGAUUGGUCUAGCUGGUCAUUUCUUACUUAAUGGUAAGUGCCCUAAGAAAAUAGCACGCAAGUAGUAUUUAAGUGCUGAACUUCCGCUUUCAGUGGCCCGGUUUUUUAAUGCUUUCACAUAAAAUUAUUGAGACUUUUCACAUGUCAAUAUUAACUCCUUAAACUUCUUGAUGCUCACAUAAAAGUCAAGUAAUUGAAAUCUAAAUCAAAUGUUGUGGGCAGUACUUCGAAUUGCCCAAAUGCAUUAAGGUAGGCCUACACGCCAACAUUAGUCUGCUCGAAGAACUGCAAAAUUACACGCUAUGACUUAAUUAUUGACAGGGGGUAUUGAGCCGAUCUCUCUGCCAAAAGAAAUUCACAAAGUUGUACGGCCUAUUUGAUGUUUCAUUUGGUAUUUUUAGAAUAUUAGUUUAAUUUUUUUUCCAGCCUGUGUCAAACCAUGAUUCCUGGACUGCACUUGAUCAUUGUAUAUCUUGGGGUAGUCGUCACGCAACGCUCCUCCCCACUGGGGAGGAGCGUUGCGUGACGACACUAAAAACGGCUGUGUAGCAGACUAGGGGUAGUCCCCAUUCUUGUAAUCCGCACAAGAGAUGCUGUAUGAAUGAUGCAUUUUUCUGCACAUGUGUAAAAUAUACACUGUCGUCAAUAAAAACAAUUUGUGAUGAAUAA